AAUGUUGAGAGAAAUGUCUUUGUUUCGUUCACGCUUCGCGUGAAAAUGUUGUGCUAAAUAUAUGCCGUUUGCCUUGGCUUUCUUGGAAAGUUAUUUACUAAAAAGUUAAAGAUAGUGGCGUCCUAAAAUGGCGAGUAGUUUGUUAAAAGAAAUGGUGAAAAAAGAAUGCUUAAAUCAGAGUCAAACUGACACCGAUGGCUCUUCUGUUGUGGCUCAAAGCACUGGGCAAGUGCCUAAGCGUGUCGAUGCUUCAGGUGCUGAAGUGAGCAUUGCUCAAACAAACAUAUUCAACUAUGAUUUUGUACCAAGUACAAAGAGGUCAAACCAAAUAAUGAAACCAAUGGAAGCCCGCUCUCCUUUAGUAGAAACUCAGCUUCAACUCUCCCAAAAUCAACCGACCGUCCCUCAUUCUUCAAUAAGUCCAAGUAUGAACUCAUUGAGUAAAGACUACCUUGUUCCCCAAUGUUUACAACAUCAAAUGUUUGCAGCACAAGGAUAUAAUGCAACUGGUCAAGUAUUUUCUACACCAAUGAUUCCUCCAGUGUUAGUUCAAGCACCAAUUACUGGUCCAACGUCGAUACCAGGCGUAUUUCAGCCUGGUUUUAUGUAUCAAACAUUCAAUGAACAAAAGGCAUAUCAAGGAAAGUCACAUUAUUUUGCACCUUUUACCAAAGGCUCAUUGAUAGUAUUAUCUAAUGGUGGGGUGAAACCAAUAGAGGAUUUAAAGACUACAGAUUUUAUCGAAAGUGCCAAAGUUUCGAAACAAUUUUAUUUAGAGACUUGUAAGAUUGCUAAAAUUCAAGAAACACCGAAUAGUUCCAUUAUGUGGAUUGCAUUUGCUGUGGAAAACAUAGAAAAAGAGGUCGAUGAGAUCGUUGGUAGGCGAAGAACUAAAGACGGAAGAGAAGAUUUCCUGGUCCGUUGGCAAGAUUACCCACCAUUUUCAACAACUUGGGAGCCCAUACAAAACUUUACAAAUUGCCAAGAAGCAAUUCAGGAGUAUUUUUCAAAACAUUGGCCAAUACCAGGUUUAAAAGCAAAGACUGUUGUUCAUCUUUCACAACAACAACAGUAUCCAAAGAAAGAAUUGAUUACGCUUAAAGCCCUUCCCGCAAAUAAACGAAACAAAAUUCUGCGAGGUGUUAGAGAAGAUCUAAAGAAAGAGAUUCUACGUCAUCACCAAGAAAGAAACUUUUGCCCAGGAAGUACUGACUACAAAGGAUCAUCUUCAUUAAAGGGAAGUAUAAUGGGAAAAUCAAAUCAAAUAUUUAAUUAUGAUCGUGGACUUCGUAACAGGAAAAUUUUAAGUAAAAACCAAAAGUAUUCUGAGGAGUAUACAGGUACACCAAAAGGGUUAAAGAGUACUACUAUGGGUAAAACAGGACGAAGUAAUGGCGAAGUUUUGAUAGCAGAUCGCAAACAUUAUGUAUCAGCUUUAGCGUCAGAUGAGAACGGGGAAGAUUCGGGGAUUUCAAUGAACACAGUUUUAAAGAGCCAAUCGCGUGGUCGUCCUACCAGGAAUAAGAAACAAUUGCGUACAACAGACUCGUUACCAGGACACGAUGAUGUUGAGCAUCAGGAUAAGUUAUUGGUAAACGUUAAAAUGGAGUAUCAAGAAAAACAGGAAAACAAAAAAACCCAAAGAAUCUCAAAAGUUAGAAGAAAGAAGAAGAAACGAUUGAACGGUUUAACGCAUUCAUCGCAAAAGAACCGAAUUAUCAUCGACAAUCAAGAAUUGCUGCUGUCAUCUCGUCUAACACGACGGACUUUACCUAAUUAUUCAUCAAACUGCGUGUUGGAAGAAGAGCUUGUCGUCACUAAUAAAGACGGUUGUUUGUUUAUCAAGAUUUGCAACGAAAGCAAGAAAAAUGUUAUCAAUCGACAGAUAUGCGAAGACCUUAUAUCUGCAUUUCAUGAUGCGGGCAAAGAUGACGUGUCAUGUGUCGUCAUUUCCUGUGCCGGAAGUACGUUUACUUACGGAUGGGAUCUUGAUCAAUUCAGAAAUAUCUCUCACGCAGAAAGACGAGAAUUAUUACAGAAAUACAGACUUCUCACUCGACUUCUUGUCACGUGUCCAAAACCUUUGAUCGCUGCGGUAAACGGUCCAACAGCUGGAUUUGGUCUUUCCCUUAUCGCAUUGUGUGAUAUGGUCUUUGCUUCAGAAAAGGCAACUUUUCAAACGAAGUUUGUGGAGUGGGGUCAUCCUCCAGUUGGAUGUUGCUCUCUAACUUUACCUCAUUUAUUUGGUCAUUCACAGGCAAUGUCUGUUAUUCUGUGCAACACGAAACUCGACUGUGACAUGGCAAAGGAACGCGGAAUUGUCACAGAAGUUUUAUCUUUCAAAGAUUUCGAGGAGGAACUCAAUUCACGUUUGGCGAGAUUUUCACUAGUUUCUAGACAGUGCCUGCGAGACACGAAGACGUUGAUGGUCAGCGGUAAUAUACAAGAACUUGAGGAUAAAAAUCACGAGGAAUGCGAUUUGUUUCAAAAGUACAUCAGCAACGAUGAUAUUUUGGAUGGCAUCGUAAGAAGAUGGUGGACGAGCUUACAGGAAUGACUUACCAUCCAGGUAUACUUGCGAUCAGACUUACGGCUAAUAUUUAUUGUACAAAUAGGAUAUUGUGUCCCCAAUGAUCCGUUUGUAACCGUUACGCAGCGGAAAUUGUAUCCCCAAUGAUCCGUUUGUAACCUUUACGCAGCGGAAUUUGUAGCGUUGUUGGUGUAAAUCAUUCGUAACUUGAGUUGAAUAACAAAACAUAUAAGUUCAUUGAA